AUGGUCGGCAACAAGAUUCGCUGCGAGAACGGCGGCGAGUGGAAGGCCAGAGAGAAGUUUUCCCACAGUGCCCUUCGCAAGUACCAGAAGAAGUUGGGCAACGGCAUUGCCACCCCUGCCCAGUCGACUAUCUCGUGUCUCGAGCAUAGCUCUGGCAACAAGGCGCCCGAGAUGAAGUGUGAGGGACCCUGUGAUCGCUGGCGUGAGCUGGACUUUUUCAGCAAGUCCACGCGCCGCAACAAAGUCUACUGGUGCAAGGACUGCGUUGACUGGGCUGAGAAGACCGAGGUUGGCGAAGCGCUUCCUCCUCCCGGCGAGAGAAUCUGUGAGGAAGAGUUUGAGACUCUCAAGAUGAGGGUUGCCGACUUCGUGCUGAAUGAGGAUUACGAGAACGGCAUUCCGAAGGGGAAUGACUCGGGCCCGGCUACUACGGUCAGCAUCAAUGAUUUCGACGAUGACUACGAGGAAGAGUUCACUCUUCUGCCUCCCGGGGAUGAGGCUACCACCGUGACCGACUCCAUUGCCAGUCCAGAGGAUACCGAUGUGUCAGUCGAGACACCUGGCGCUGCUGCUACUUCGACUGAGCCUAUGGCACCAGCUCCUCGCGCCCCCCACUGGUUUUUGGGAUUUAUGAACAACGACUCUCCGAGCACCUCCUCCACCACACCUACCACUCUUGACACUCUCGAUACCCUUGACCUUCUUGACAGUCUUGACACACCCGAUGAGUCGAUCUCCGAGCUUUCCAUCACUGCUGGCUCCCAGACUCACACUCGGACGACCACCACGGCUGCCGACACAAAUGCCUCAGCCACUCCUGGCCAGACCGGUGCAGUCUCGUUCAACGCCUGGAGUCCAGAGGGCAAUUUCGAGCGCAUGAUCAAGGAGCCCACCAUCGCGACUGAGGAGAGCGGCUGGAAGACGGUGACCCGCACGGCCAAGGGACCUCGCAUGGUUACCGUUCGUCCUCGCGGCAAGAAGGAGAAGGACGAGGUGAAGGUCGGCAAGAACGGAUGGGUCAAAGUUAGCAAUCGCCGGACCACGCCACAGCUGCCUAACUAUAUCCUGGCGAACUGUGUUCGCGGCGAGGAAGAUUUCGUGGGUGACAUUAUCCCCGAUGAGCUUUAA